GAGACGCUGCGCCGCACGGAUCACUCUGCAUGCAAACAUGGCGAAAAAGCGCAGCUGUCUAAAUAAACGAACGCCGUUUAAAUAUAAAGAGUAGCUCUUUUCAUGGAGAGGAACAGCACAAUUCCCAAGGAGGGGAAUCACAACUCCUUCGCAGCAAAGACCACGGGAUCACAAUGCUGAUAGUGGAGAAGACUGCAGACCGCCCGUCUGACGAGUACUCGCUAGUCGAGGACGUGACCCUCCACAGCACCUUCCUGAUGGACCGUCUGAACGAGCAGCGUCUUCUGCAGCCAGACCUGUGCGACGUGGACAUCGUGCUGCUGCGCCACCAGGCCACCUUCCAGGCUCACAAGGGCGUGCUGGCUGCCUGGAGCCCCUUUUUCCACUCGCUGUUCACCGCCGGUAAGGAGCUGCGCCGUGUGGAGCUCUCGCUGGAGGCACUCCGGCCACAGGGCCUCCUGCAGAUCCUUGACUUCAUCUACACGUCCAAGCUGCUGGUGAACGGCGAUAAUGCGCGUGACGUGCUGCGUGCUGCCACUGUGCUGCAGAUGGGUGACGUGGUGUCAUCCUGCCGCGAGCUGAUCGCACGCGGGACACUGCGGGAAGCUCAGGGCAAGCGCGACACCGCCACCCAGGCCUGGAGCAACGCUGGCGGCCCCGGAGGUGCCGGAUCCCGCGUGGAGAUCAAGCAGGAGCGGGACGCGGCUGGUGGCAAGGCAUUCGGGGGGGAGGGCACGCAGCAGAGCCUGUAUGUGGCGCGCAUCGGGGAUGGGUCAGCGCCGGCGUGUAAGUUGGAGGGUGAGGCAGAGGGGGCGAGGGAGCCGGAAGACCUCGGGGCGUUCAACCGGGAGCAGAUCAUUGUGGAGCUGAACUUGAACAAUCAGACGCUCAACUUAUCCAAAGGAGCAGAGGGAAACUCACCCCCAGCCGCGACUCCUCCCGGCUUCGAGGCAGAGAGGGACAACGGGGAGUCGGAGGAGGAGGAGGAGGAGGAUCCAAGCGAAGGGGAAGACGAGGUGCUUGGAGGCUCCACGGGGGAUGAGGCCGGAGAGGCGGCGCCUCACGACACCAACCUGCCCAAGUUCCUCCCUCAGAGACCUCGCAGGCAGACGGGGGUCUUGGCAGACACCAUGGCGACGGUUACCUUGAGAACGGGCAUGAGAGUGAGGCAGGGCGGAGGCAGGAGUGGACAUGGCGAGGAAGAGGAAGAGGAGAGGUUCGAACCAGAGACGAGAUUGCAGGAGGGGCGGAGCGUCCCUUGUUCAACGUGCCCGCAGGUCUUCACCAAUGGCUGGGACAUGCAAAAACAUGCAAACGUCACACAUAAUCGCAUGCAGGCCUGCGACAAGUGCGGCAAACGCUUUCUCCUGGACAGUGAGCUGGUACUGCAUCAGCAGACUGACUGUGAAAGGAGCAUACAGUGUCUUACAUGUGGAAAAGACUUCAAGAAGCUUUGGUCCCUCCAUGAGCACAAUAAAAUUGUGCACGGCUACGCAGAGAAGAAGUUCACAUGUGAGAUCUGUGAGAAGAAGUUCUUUACCAUGGCUCACGUACGCAAACACAUGGUUGCGCACACCAAGGAGAUGCCCUUCACCUGCGAGACCUGCGGCAAGUCCUUCAAGAGGAGCAUGUCUCUCAAAGUCCAUUUCCUCCAGCAUUCAGGAGAGAAACCCUUCAGAUGUGAGAACUGCAGUGAGCGUUUCCAGUACAAGUACCAGUUACGCUCCCACAUGAGCAUCCACAUCGGCCACAAGCAGUUCAUGUGUCAGUGGUGCGGCAAGGACUUCAACAUGAAGCAGUACUUCGACGAGCACAUGAAGACACACACAGGAGAGAAGCCGUACAUAUGCGAGAUCUGUGGGAAGAGCUUCACCAGCCGGCCCAACAUGAAGCGGCACCGGCGCACCCACACGGGCGAGAAACCGUACCCAUGUGAGACGUGCGGCCAGCGGUUCCGUUUCUCCAACAUGCUGAAGGCUCACAGAGAGAAGUGCUUUCAGCUCAGGGACACACCCACCACUGAAGCCCUGCCCACUGACUACAACCCCUCCCCAGGGGCAAGUCAAGCUGUAGCCAAUCAGGUGCCUCUAUUUUUGGCUGGGGAGCCAUGUAAAGACACAGGCUUGUCUACUCACCCAGCCACCAUGGUGCCAUCAGCAGUGCUCCACUCUGCGAGUGGCUACACCUCACACCUACACCCUCUACCACCCCUAUUCUCCACAGCAAGGACAGAGUCGAGUAGGGAUGCCUAACUGCCGUUCUGUGUUUCAGUCCAAGCUAGAGGUACUUCAUGUAUAGACUGUAUGACUUUAUAUGUACAAACCCAGUAUAGCUCCCACCGUUUCCCUCAUGUAAUCUAGAAAAACUAAUUAUAAUGCUCCUUUUCUAUGUUGAAAAUCACCUGAAGAGGCAAUUUAUGGUUUUAACAUUUUUGGUAUUACAGUAUAUAGUAACUAUAGAGUGGAGCAAAGUACAUGCUAAAAGUAAUGAAAAAGGUUUAUGUAA